UUGCUGCGCCCCUUCCCCUCUUCCGUCGUGGAAAGGCUUCCCGGUUCUUGGGAGGCGGCCCCCGGGGCAGCCUGAGGGACGGGAGGGAGGGAAGGAGGGAGGCGCGGGCCCAGCCCCCGUGAGGCGGCAGCAAACUGCCGGGCAGUCCCACCGGCGGGCUCAGGCGGUGGGGAGGUGGGCGGCCCGGCUCAUGCAGCGCGGCCGGAGGGUGGUAAGGGGUUUUUUGAGGUGUCUGGAAGGCGGCGGUGGAAGGCCCUUCAGAAACCACCGUGCUGCAAAAGUCUUCUCUGGCGCCGUAGAGAAGAUGCAUCCAGUCCUAAAGGCCUUUGUGUGUGGCUCUAUCAGUGGGACUUGCUCCACGCUCCUCUUCCAGCCCCUUGACCUGCUGAAAACCCGCCUGCAAACUCUGCAGCCUGCUGUGAAUGGGUCUGGUCGUGCUGGAAUGGUGACAGUGCUCUUUAGGGUUGUUCGUACUGAGAGUCUUCUGGGGCUGUGGAAAGGUGUCUCUCCAUCCUUUGCAAGAUGCAUCCCUGGGGUUGGAAUUUACUUCAGCACUUUGUAUAUGAUGAAGCAGAAGUUUCUAGGGGACCGUUCACCCACAGCCCUGGAGUCUGUCUUUCUGGGUGCCACCGCGCGUGCGGUAUCUGGGGUUUGCAUGUUGCCGGUGACUGUAGUGAAGACCCGAUAUGAGAGUGGAAGAUUUGGCUAUGGGAGUGUCUAUGGAGCUCUGAAGAAUAUCUAUCAGAUGGAAGGGGCUCGUGGCAUGUUCAGUGGGCUCACUGCAACGCUGCUGCGGGAUGCACCCUUCUCUGGGAUCUACCUGAUGUUCUACACACAGACCAAAAGCUUCACACCUCAGGACCAAGUGGAUCCAGUGCUCAUGCCCUUGCUGAAUUUUGGCUGUGGGAUCUUUGCGGGAAUCUUGGCCUCGCUGGCAACGCAGCCUGCUGAUGUCAUCAAAACACACAUGCAGCUGUCCCCCCAAAAGUACCGCAGGACGAGCCAGGCCAUCGCCUUCAUCUACAAGGACUUUGGGUUGGUUGGUUUUUUCCGAGGCGGUGUGCCCCGUGCCCUCAGGCGGACUCUGAUGGCAGCGAUGGCAUGGACGGUGUAUGAGCAGAUGAUGGAAAAAAUGGGCUUGAAAUCUUGAGUGACUCGCACGAGAAAUCACCAGCUUCACUCCUGCUGCUGCUUGCUGUGAUCAACUGGCACUAGGAAAUUCCCAGUGCAAUAGAGGAAUAAGCCUUGCUCAGCUAGGAGGAAGAAGGCCCUUCUGAGACAGGGGAUUAGGCCUUUUGGCAAGGAGAGGGAAGAAGGAUUUGAUCUUUGCGUCGUUUAUCAAUGCAUUCCAGAAGAACUGCACUUGCAGACUGCCACGGGGAAAUGGCAGGGUGUCCACAGCCCCGUAACUGUGCUGAAAGAAAAGCCCCUUUUAAAAAUAGCUCUGUGCUCACCACCUUUACGCGAUGACACAUUGCUGAGCAAAAACGUUUGAGGAGAAAACAGUCUUUUCAGAACCUGUCAGCCUGUUCCUUGCUGAUCUGGCCAGUAAGGCCAGAACGACCCACCAUCUGAUGUAGAUCUUCCUUCCACAUAUGCUUUGUUCUCACAGGGGAAUGUUGCAGAUCACAGUGGGAGACUGGAUGUGUCUCUUAAUGCUUGGAUUGCAGGAGGUGGGUGGAAGAGAGCUGGAGUGCUAAAGGGAAGCUAGGAACACUGUCUCUGUCAUCACUUUUGUACUGUGUGUGAUACCAGAGAAGGUAACUGGAACCUCCUCACUGUGUAAUGUGUUAUUAUGUAACUGAGCAUUUUAACACUCUUGAAAUGUGCUUCUGCCUCUACAGCAGUGUUUGCACAGGAAUUAAGACGCACUUUAGCAUUGGUUGCUACCAAAGUUCUAUUUGUUCUCUGAAAAAUAUUUUUCCUGCGGAUCUGACUAUGUCAGGAACACUCAGUUUUGUUUUUUUUUUUACCCAGUUGUACUAGAAACUUAUUUGCUUCUUGUUAUUCCAUGUGUUAAUCCCGGAUCAACACCCUCAGUGCGACCUGGUCCUUAGAUGUAGCUUUUGGGGUCCUAGCUCAAAAUGCAUAAUGGAAGCAGAUACAGAUACUGAUACUUCAGAUUUCCCUUAAAAGCCGCUACUGACUGCAUGGGGAGUAUCUUUGGGUUUUUUCUUUUCUGUAAGCUUUCUCCAAAGUUUGAGACCUAUGAGAGUUUGGUAAGGAACUUUAAUUCUCUUUGGGCUCCACGCAGACCCUUCACAGUUUCCCAGCUGAUCAUUUUCUCUUAACAGGCAGUCCAUAUUUCAGUAUUCCUGAGUUUGAUCUUAGAGAUAAAUAGACUUUUUUCAUUCACUGUGCCUUCUUCCUCAUUUCUAAUUUGUUACAAAGACGUCCUAGUGUGUGCACCAAAUUUGGGUACAGCCUUCUCCCCUCUUCACUUGUGUCUCUGUGCUGGCUGGGUCGGGAAUGUGGUAGCUCUGUUGGCAUCGCUGCAAAGCUGGGCAUAGAAGCGUGUGUCCUGUUCCGUAGUGUGCCUUGGAGAAAACAAAGCUUUGGCUUUUCUGAAAUAUCUAGGGAUAUUAAAAUUCACUUUAGAAACAGAGCAGAUAUCUCUAAAUAUGAAGACAUGACACUGUAGCCAUACAAAAAAAGGUACUACGUACCACUUCAUGAAAUUUAGAGUGUAAUUUGCAUAAUCACUGCCUGCCCUGGCAACCUCCUGAGCACAAGAGUAGAGGGGACGUGGGUUGUAAAAGAUGUUUUUUACCCGAUUCCAACUCCAAUAAGGUUUGAUGAGUGACGUGAAAGCCUGAGUAAAGUGUAAGGGGACAGGCUGGAGGCUUGGAAGGUGCUGCCUGUUUUUAACCUCAGCUCAAAUGCAAGGGGAGACUGACACUGGACAAUGCAGGAGUCUCCAUGAAUAGUGGUGGAGGGUCCCAUGUGCCCAUGUCUGUAUGUUCAUUAUAGAGCACUGCAUCAAAUCAUUCCAUGUUUGUUCUGCUGUUUGUUAUCCUGAGCACUACCUGCACGGAGAGCUGGAGAACAGAGCCUAGGAUUGCUGACUGGGUAGAGUGAGGUGGAAUUUACAGGAGUUACCUCAUAUGGUUUUUACUUCCCUAUGCAUGGGAUCAAACCAAUUUACUAUGCUGGAAGCCUGAAUUUGUUUGGGGCUUUCUCAGUCUUGGUGAGUUGGAUCUGUUUUUUAUCCUGGGCUGUGUGUGGUGUUGCAGGCGAGGUGCCUCACGAAUGUUUUAAUUCCUGAUUUAGCAAUGGCAAAGCAGUGUGCAACUUAUACAGACCGAAACUCAGGCAAAAUGAGGCAAGUGAGCAAAGAAUGCCAAGUGAUAAAUCUUGAAUUAAUUAACAUUUUCAUCAGAAACGUGAAAUGUGGGAACACUUCAGUGGCUUUUAUGCCCUAUAGUCCUGCCUGUUCAAGUAACAAAGGAAGAACUAGAGAACUUACUCUGGUAUGUUGGUGUUUUAAAGUCUACCAGUUUAUUUUUUUUAAUCGGGAUUCAGGCCUAAAGCGGUGUUAGCUUUUCCUUUGGGAAAGUUCUUUCAUUCCCCUUACUUCAUGGAGAAUGAGGAGGCUCUUUGUUGUUGCAGUGAAGUGAGAGAGUAUAUGCUUUAUAUUUGUGAAUUGGCCUGAGCUCCUUUGAGUUUAAGAAGUAGAGAAUCUGAACCGCACUGUGUUUCAUCAACCCUUGGUGCUGCAAAUCCAAAACCACCUCUACGUGUGAGUUGGGGAGAGUGAGUUUUGUGGUGCGAGUUUGUUGUUUGGUAUUAUUUCUUGUGUCAGGUCUCUUAUUUAUAGGGGAAGGGAAAGCUUGAAGUUCUGUUUCACUGUCUUCUGAAAGCUGUAGCACAUAGGCAGGGACAAGACCAUUUCUCAAUUCUGAUCCUUACCAUCCUUCACCCCUUUUCCCCUCUUCAAAACAUUCUGUUUCUGAAGUGGUUGGUUCAAGUUACUCCUUGAUUACUUGUUUUUCUUGACUUGCUAUAGUUAAGUUUAGAUAUAUUGCCCUUGAGGUUGUCUGCUUCUAGUUAACAGCAAAUGGUGGGUGUACCACCUAAAUGCAAAGUAAAUCAAAAAAUACAGACACAGAUGCUUAAUCACCUACCUGUAUUAUACCAGCAAUUUGACACCAACAAUCCUAUUAGAUAAUAAUUUACAAAGCCAUCUUAGCUGGGAUUCCAUAGAAAGUGGUGUGAUUGCUUCUGUAAGUGGCAGGAUGGCAGUUGGAUUCCUCUUGCAAUGCCCUCCUGUGCUGGCAGUACGCUCUUAGUGAAUGUGCAUGGGCUUGGCUUGCCCUUGUGACUGUGGUAGAAGAACACAACUGGUAACAUAUUGAGGGAGUCAGUAUUUAAGUGGAGUGUGAGGACCCAAGAGAAAUAGUCUGAUCACUUAAGUUUCAGAAACUUCACAUUUCCAUUCUUCCUGUGCCAAUGAUUAUUAUUUUUUUUUUCCUUGCACUGAUUAAACAGAACUGGAGCUUUGGAAUGUGGCAUAGGUUUGAGUAUUGUGAGUGUUUGUGUCUAUAUAAAAUAUUUAUGUGAGAAGGUAUAUUAUAUGUUUCUAGUAAAAACUGUUUGCCAAAAAUGAA